UUUUGACAGCGGUCUGCGGUACAGUGAUUCUACAAUUUAAUUUUAGUCUAUUGCUUGGUUUACAAAACUGUAAGUUCGCGAUUUCCUAUUGCAAAAUAGUUUUAUUAGUUUUAUUUGUAUUUGUUUCAAGGACAUGGAAGACGAAUUAGAAGAUAAGGUGGUACACCAGACUUAUGUGUCGUUUAUGAAAAUUUUAUCGCGCUUUACGAGCAGCGUUGCGUUUGACACUCCAUUGAGCUAUUUAUGGAAGAUGGUGCGACUCUACUUGCUUCGAUCAGAAGUGUUAGUGUUUACUCUUGCUCUCAUUAUAUUCUUCAUGUAUCUGCAAACGCUGGGGCUAUGGAGCCGGACGCUGCUGAGCAGGCUGUCCCAAGCCAUGAGCCCGCUGAACGCCGUGCAGCGCAUGAAACUCAUGGAAGGCUCCGAAGCUGACAAACAAAGCUGGGAACUGAAAGGCUCUCAGAGUGCGGCUUAUGCAAUCAAAGGCAGGCGAAUGCACAUGGAAGACAAGUUUAUUAUUAACGAAAAUAUAAAUAGCACCGGCAUAUCGUUGUUUGCUAUAUUUGACGGCCACGGCGGAGAGUUUGCCGCCAACUACGCUAAAGACCACCUUAUACAAAAUUUAUACAACAAAGUUGUCGAAUUAUGUGCCUUCAAAGACGGCAAGAUAGUAAAUACACCUCAAAGAGACAGCCCGGAAGAGCCACCAAAGGAGCCGAGCAAUCUCUCUCUUGACCUAGAGAGAAAGAGUAGUUUUAAAAAGUCUUCAAGUACAGCUGAUGAUACAUCAAAAAAAGAAAUAACCGAUCCAGAACUCCUGGCUCAGCUGUCAAAAGCGAGACCAAUAAUCACAAGGGAAGUAAAGCCUACUAAAGCAGUAAAAAAUAUUGCAGUCCCACUGUCAAGUUAUGUGGACAAAGGGAAGAUAAAUUAUGGUAAACUAUUGACAGAUGAGGUUUUAGCUGCUGACAGGUUGCUUGUAGAGGCUGCCAAGCGCACCAUGAAUGUAGCGGGGACCACUGCUUUGAUAGCUGUGUUAGAAAACAACCACUUGAUUGUAGCUAACGUAGGUGACUCGAGAGGAGUGAUGUGUGAUAGUCGCGGUAAUGCAAUACCUGUAUCAUUUGACCACAAACCUCAACAGGUGCGUGAACAAAAAAGGAUUGAGGCAGCUGGAGGUUACAUUGCCUUUAACGGAGUGUGGAGGGUGGCUGGUAUCCUGGCAACGUCAAGAGCAAUGGGGGAUUAUCCACUCAAGGAUAAGAACUUUGUUAUAGCAGAUCCAGAUAUUCUUACCUUUAAUCUAAAUGACCACAAACCCAUGUUCUUAGUCUUAGCAUCAGAUGGUUUAUGGGACACAUUUUCAAAUGAAGAAGCUGUUAAAUUUAUAAAGGAACGCUUAGAUGAACCAGAUUAUGGAGCUAAAAGCCUAACUCUUCAGGCCUACUACAGAGGGUCCGUUGAUAACAUUACAGUUCUAGUGAUAAAAUUUCCAGAUACUAACUGGCUGACAGUAACUCAGUAGUCUACUCUCUUGGACAUAUUCUGAUUUUUAAUUAUAUAGCUGAUUUUAUGAAUUAGCUAAUGUCACUUAUGAAUGUAAACUUUUAGAAGACAAAAUUUAUAUUUGAAAACUAGAUGCAGGUGACAGCCGUUUUGGUUUUUUAAAUUCCUGUAGGAACUCUUUGGGCAUAAUAAGUAGCAUCUGUCACUGGGAUGCAAGCUAUCUUUGUACAAAAUACAUGAUGCCUGGGACGUCUGGGUGUGGAUUUAAGUUUUUUUUAAAUCCCAGGGGAAAACCUUGAUUUUUCCUGGACAAAAGUAGUAUAUGCCCAUCCCUGGGAUGCAAGCUAUGUCUGUCCCAAACGUCAAAAUCGUUUUCGAAACCAUCCAGAUUUAAGAGUAGUCUUUACUAAUACUAAAUAUGCUAAAUAAUAAUAUGUUUUGUAAAAAUUUACUACUUUAAAAGUAAUAAAAAAUUUCAUAAUUAAAUUUUUAUUAUCAAUGUUUGAUAAAUCUCUAAAUAAAUAAGCCUCUAAAAUAUACUUAAUUACAUUAAGAAAUUAUAUGCCACCUUCUUUUAAUAAUAUUAGUGAUACAGUAAUAUUUUUUGUAAAUGAAACAUAAACUGUGUGGUUGUGAAUGUUAAUUGGAAGAAUAACUAAAUUUUAUUAUUAUCAAUUUAAAUCACUGUUGCCAGUUUUUUUUUUUCGCCAAGUUGGGAUUUUGGAACUUUUUGAGUGAAAACAGCGGAAUUCGUUCGUUGAAAGCGGGACAUAGUAAAAAAACUUAUAUAAUCAGAAGUUUUCAAAUAUUUAGCUUUUUAUUUGAAUUAAAAUUACGUUUACGUAACAAUAGAUAGCAAAAAAUUGCCAUAGAAAAUGUAUUCUAAUAAAAAUAUAAUAUUUUAAAUCAGAUUUACCCUAUCUUUAUAUAGUUGAGUCUUAUUCAUGUUCAGAAUAAAAAAAAACAAAUCAAAAUCAAAAAAGUUUAUUCAUUUGAAUAAUAUAGCGUUUCAAACAAUAGUCUGUGAAGUGAGUGUUACAAAUUGCAACUUACAAUAAGAGAAUAAUUAUUAUUUAUAAGAAUUACUUAUUCAUGAUAUUUCUGUGAGGAUUUAACUUUUAAAGUUUCCUUUUUCGCUUUAAUAAAGAUGAAGAACUCUUCACAGGAUAGCUGUAGAUUAAACUGGAUGAGUAAUUCUGCUUGGUCGAGUUAUCCCCGAAAAGCGGGACUGAGCCUGUUCCGCGCGGGAUAUUUAAUUUUGAUUUAAAAAUCGGGACGUCUGGCAACGCUGAUUUAAAUAUUAAUUCAUAUCCAUAUGUUGAAAUAUAAAAUUUUAAACUGAAAGAUAGAGAUAUAUAUGCCCCGGAGAUUGCAAUUUAAUAAUUAAUAUCACAAAGAAUUUUAUUCAUUGUUGCUUUCUAGGAUAGUUUCAAUUUGUAGAAUAUAGUAGCAAAACCUUUGCUCAUAAAUCAAAAUACAAACUUGUACCAAUAUUAUAUUAUGUACAUUAUUUAUAAGUUGUUAACAGCUGCAAGUUGCUGAAAUAGUGACGCAACAUCAUAGUUCCUUAUCUUGUGAAAUGUGAUUUCAAAGCCUUUUUUUGAUUUUGCCAAAUAUCUUAUUUUUAUUUAGGUUCUGCAUUUUGUGCCUAAGCUUUACUUAGCUAUUGUAGGUCGUAGGUAUAUUACUCGUAUGUUUUACCUGUGGUGCUAGUCAAUUAUGAUGUUCGCACAUUACAGGCAACGCUAAAAAUUUUAUUACAGUGCUUAUUGGUGUACUGAUUGAUGUCUUUGAACAGUUUUUGUGUGCGUAGCGUUCAGUGUUCUGUAAUUUGCAAUCACCUUAAUACUUCACUCUAUCGCGUAUAAUUUAUUGUGUAAUACUAAUAUUUAGUGUAAUUUUAAUGUGAAUAUUGGUUAAGCCAUUUUUGUUGUGAUAGUAUUAAGUAAUCUACUAACAAAAAUUAUAUGGGGAUAAAAUAUUUUUGUAUUCCAAUCUAAAGUUUAUUUAUGCUAUAUUAUAAUGUUUACUCAAUAAUAUUAAUAAGUACAAAUUUAAGUUUAUGGUGACCCUUGAAAUUGUAAUUUUUUUUUUAAUUAAAUUAACUUUCCUAAAAUAUUUCUCAAAUUGGGGCCAAAGCAUUCUAAUUUGUGGCAAAGUCAGAUAUGUACUUUACAAGAAUGCUAUAUUAUAUACAUAUUAUUAUUUUUUGUUCCUAAUUACAUAUUAUAUUCUUUUUAAUUUACAAUAAAUUCUGAAGUUGAUCAUCAAUUUUGAUAAUUUAACUUCCCAACUAUUAGAUAAUAUGGUCAUCAAAUCAUAGAAAUUAUACAUUUACGACCGAAAUUAAUAUAGGUAUCUAUUCAAUCUAUCUGUACUUUGUCGAUGAGUAACUUGGCAAUGUAAUAUUGUUCCUUUUCAAAAAAUACCACACAAUUUAUAAUUUUCAUUUUUCAUUUUCACUAAGGUAACUUGUCGCCAGAUUAAAUGAUUAUUAUUUAUUCAUUUCAACUAAGCUUUUUAUUAUAUUAUAUAUUGUUGUGUAUUUUUAUCCUGUGAAUAACAUUAUAUCAUCUAUAUUUUGUGUUGCAAUUAUUUUAUGUUAAUCUUGUUCAGAGUUUAACAAAAGAAAAUAACCUAUUAAAGACAAUGCAGGUACAUUUGUCAUUCGUAAAUAAUUUCGUUUAUCUAAAGUAAUCAGUAGAUAGUUAUAAUUUUUCUUUAAAAAACAUGUAUAUAAGAUUUUGUUAGUAAAGGUUCAGUUCAAAAGUGUAGAUGUACUGUAUGUAUCAUAAUAUAGACUCGGACGGCAAAUCUUCCUAAAGAAAAAAGAAAACUUACAUAGUUACAUUGGUAAAACCUCUUUAACAAGAAAAAAAAUAUUCUGAACAUAUUACACAUUUUUUAGCAAACCUACGCUUUGUCUAUGUUCCUUUAUGUUAAGUAUAUUUUUUGAAUUAAGUGAAACAAAAUACUUUUUAAUUAAGGAAAGGAAAAACGAUUGGAUUAAACAUUUAUUUUCUACUUGUGUGCUCUGUGUGUUGAUCAUGUAAUAAAAGAAAGGAAUAUUGAUUUCGAUUAUCAUUCAAAAUAAUCAUAAUAUAUUUUUAUGAGUGUUGUGUAUAAUAUACAGGAAAAUAAACUCAUUAUAACAA